GAGAGAUGUUGAUGGAGAUGGCGGCGAGCAAAGCUAAGAACAAGUCCUCCAACGUCAAGGUCUCUCUUGAAGAUUACCUCCUCCUCCUCCAGUCUGGCUCCCACCACCACCUCACCGUCGCUCACCUCAACCAGAUCAUCAACAUGCACGGCUACAAGAAGAUCCACAAAGUCCAAAAGAAGCUUCUGAGCGACGCCGUGAACUCGCUGGACCUGGUGAGCCCCUGCCGCUCCACGCUCCACGACUACGUCUCGCCGCCGGUGACCACCAAGGUGGAGGACGUCAUGGCUGACCUCACCAACAUCAACUGGCAGGAGUGUUGCAUUACCUCCAUCGACACCCGUUCAUCCAACCAGUCUCCUGCUCGCCGAACCGGCGCCGUCCCGUUUCAGCAGUACUCCCCGCCCGCCGCUCCGGUCUCCGCGGCAUACAGCGCGAUCCUCUCGGCUCCGGCGCCGUCCAAGAAGAGAUCGGUGAGGAAGAGGAAGCGCACCGCUCAAGUGGCAGAUCUCGUAAAUUUCCCAUUUCUUUAA